AUUUUUCAGUUGCCGUUUUUCCGUUGCCGCAAACAGACGUUUGAGCCGGUUUGAAUUUAAAAAUCUUGCUCUCUUUUUUCGGGCUCGUGUUUUUGUUCGUUACGAAUUCAAAACAAAAACAACUACCGAGGAGCGCACGCAUUUUGAGUUAUUUUUAAAAAGAAGAAGCUGCAUAAUCUGCUCUUUUUUCUCAGUUUCUCCAUGCCGAAACCGAAAUAAAACCCAACAACAACCGAAAACCGAUUUUGUGAGUGCAAUAAACCAAACUGCAUCGGUGUAAAUAUGCGUGUUCGGGUGUGUGUUUGUGCGGUGCAUCUACGAAAAUAAAACACGCAUCAAAAAUCUUACAAUACUUAUAUAUACUCUCAUCCAUAUGCAUGGAUCUAACCGAUACGAGUGAAAUUAUUUGCUUAGAAAUUGGUUGGCCGAAAAUUUGAAAGCCCCAAUAUUUGCAUAUACGCCGCAGUUUGACAGUCACCGAGCGAGAGCGCAAAAAAAAACCCGUCAAACGGGUUAAAAAACUCGUAAAAAAAGAGAUUUUUAUGAAAAAAUCGUUAAUUUUUUUGUGAGCAAAACAGCCGAAAGCAAAAAGUCGGCAAACAUUAUAGCAAUUACCACAGAAUAUAUCUUUAGACCCGAGAACGCCCACUGAAGCAAAACCCUAACCAGAGGUACACGGAUGCAGUUCUAACCCGAGUUUGUGAAGUAACGAAGCAACAACUGCAAUUUCAGCAUCAGCCGCAUCUUGGAAAAAUAGUAAUUUGAUCUUAGAACGCCCACUAUACAAAAAAAAACCCUUUGAAGACGUUAACUAAAGAAGCCACAACUUCAACUACAGCUGCACAAUUUAUAGGAAAAAAAACACUUCGCGUUCAAUAAAAAGCUUUUUAAAAAGGUUUAGAUAUAGAUAUUAUAUCUCCAACAAUCAGCAAAUCACAGAAAAAUCUUCUGGGUGAAAUAAAAUGCAAAAAAGGCAUUAAAAAAUCAAAAUUUAAUAAGCAGCAAAAUCAAAACCACCAGCAACAUCACAGGAUAACGUACGAAUUUUUGCCCAUAAAAGCGAGAAAGUUCAAGAAACAACAACUUGAAUACCAGCAGCGACAGUAGAAGAAGGUUUAAAUGAAGUCAUAGACCAAAAUCUUAGAAGCAGCUAAAACAGCAAACUGCAGCAGCAACAAACGCAGCAGUACCUACUGCAGCAGCAGCAGCAACAUCAACAGUGGCAUUUCAUAGCGAAGGCGCCGAAAGACGUUGGGUGCGUCAGGCAGUCAUGGGGGUAUUGAGAUGGCGCGAUUCCCCCGGAUCGCGUAUAUCGGGCUCAAUUGGCAGCAGCAGCAGCAGCAGUAAUACCAACAACAAUCAUCACCAUAGCAGCAGCAACAACACUCAUCAACAGCAGCAGCAGCAACACAACAACAACCACAUCAACAAUAAUAACAACAACAACAAUCGCGAGAACCACCACCGCGGCAGUAAUACGAGUGAGGAGCGCGUGCCCCAGCCGCACUCGCCCCACGACAGCCACGCCCAUCCGCACAACGGUGGGCUGCAGCACUCGGGAUCGCGGGCAACACUGCGCCACUCGAUGAACCACUCGAGCAGCUCCACAGUCUCGGGCUCUGCCUGCAGCUCCACGCCCGCCUCCCCGCAAUUAAGUGGGGUCCAGCUGCUGUCCAAUGGACACCACUACCAAUCACAGUCGUCGGUGAGCUCCAACUCGUCGAUCGUUUCGGCCAUUCCCGCCUCACAGAGAUUGCUGGAUGAGGCGCUGGCCAAAUCGGCCCCGUAUCCCAUGAUCCUGCUGCCCAUGCACGGCGGCUACUGGAUGGAUGGCACCGAGCACGAGUGCGGCUACGAUGCCAGGGGAAAUCCCCUGCUGCCGCAGACCACCUGGAUGGCCAAGUUCGAGACGGACGAUACGGCCAAGUGCUAUCGGAGAUUCUAUGCCGCCAGGGAGCACUCGAAUUUGGUGGGACAGGAUGAGCAGUUGGGCCCAAUUUUAAUCUCCAUUAAAACGGAGAAUGUUGCCAAUCAGGAGCACAUGAGAAUCCUGAUGAGAUUGCGCACUGGCACGAUGCACGAGCUCAUUCCAGUUUCAUAUCUGCUACCCCAGCCGAGUCCGGCGAAAAUGGCGCAGACCUUGAAUCCCUCAAUUACGGUGGAGAACUUUAUGCCGGUCUUAUGCCCCAAGGCAUCGCAACUCAUCAGUGUCUACGACGAACAUGUCCUCGUGUCGCACUUCAAGUUUGGAGUACUCUACCAAAGAUAUGGACAGACCACGGAGGAGGAACUAUUCGGUAACCAGCAGACAUCGCCGGCUUUCGAUGAGUUCUUGGAUGUGUUGGGUCAGAGGAUACGGCUCAAGGAUCACAAGGGCUAUAGAGGUGGACUGGAUAUCCAGAAUGGUCAUACUGGCGAUACGGCUGUCUACGAGGUUUUCAAGGAGCGCGAGAUCAUGUUCCAUGUCUCCACCCUAUUGCCACACACCGAGGGUGAUCCGCAGCAACUGCAGAGGAAACGGCACAUUGGCAACGAUAUUGUGGCCAUCGUUUUCCAGGAGACCAACACUCCCUUCUCGCCCGACAUGAUCGCCAGUCACUUCUUGCACGCCUUCAUCGUGGUCCAACCCAUUGAGCCAAAUACCCCACAUACCCGCUACAAGGUCAGCGUUACAGCCAGAGAUGAUGUGCCCUUCUUUGGUCCUACUCUGCCGAAUCCCGCUGUUUUCCGCAAGGGUCAGGAGUUCAAGGAGUUCAUCUUGACCAAGCUGAUCAAUGCGGAGAACGCGUGCUACAAGGCCGACAAGUUUGCCAAACUGGAACAGCGCACCAGGACCUCUCUGCUCCAGAAUUUGGUUGAGGAGCUGCGUGAGAAGACUCGCGACUUUCUGGGCGCCGACUUUUCCCAGACAUCGGCAGGAAGUCCCACUCCCGAAACCCCGAAGGCGGAAAGUGGUGGUGGCGGCAAUGCCGGCUCCCGCUUUAUCGACACGGUGAAGAAGGCUUUAAUUAUGAGGGUGCGUUCCCAGAGUGUGGACACCGGAAAUGGUCAUGGACCCGGACAGACGGACAAGUUCAGCGUGAACACCAAGUUGGGCACACUGAAUGCUAAGAAGGAGGCACAUCACGAAAUGCAGACACCCAAUUUGAAUUCCUGCAGUCGCACGGCCUCGAAGUCCUCAUCCAAGUCCAAGUCAUCGAACGAGUCCACCUCCUCCUCCCCGGACAUCACGUCCCGCCAGGCGAACAACAACAACGGCUCCAAUGGCGGACUUUUGCCCCAAAAUGGAUCCGCAGUAGGCGUGGUGGCGGCGGCAGUGAGUGCCGCUCAAAAUGGAGUGGUUGCCGUGGCCACCAUGUCGGAGACAAGCGAUGAUUCCAGCCUGAACAGCGUGGAUCUGGAUCCGAUGAUGGUCCACUUGGACGGCGGAGCCACCUACAUAGACAGUGACACUGGGCUGGAGAGCAUGAGUUCGGCGGAGGCCACCACCAAGGCCUGCUCACUGUGCUUGGACGGCGUCCAGUCCACCAUGAUGGGUAGUUCGCCCAGCAACGAGACGAUCGUCAAGAUCGAGAACCUGCGACAGGAGGUCACGCGAUUGAAGUGCGACAAGCUGGAUCUACUAAGACAGAAUGUGACCUGUCAGCGCGACAUCAAGCGACUAAGGGAGCGGGAACUCUCUCUGCAAGGCGAUUUAUCGGCUGCCGGAAGAGAGAUACUGCGACUGCGGGAUCUCCUCAAGGAAUACAUGCCCGAUACAGCAACAGCACCACUCUCGAUAUCGCCCAUCUAAGCGUCAAACGCAACCCUUUGAUAAUCGAUUGGAUGAGGCAGGAAGGCAGUUAGCCAGGAUGAGGAGUAACCACUGUGCCGUGUUUAACACUUUGGAGAAAGGGAUCGUAGAGUCGUUUGGAUAGUUGAGUUGAGCAGACAGUUGGCGAAGCCCCCGUAAAACAACCCCAAACAAAAACAAAAACUGUAUUAUAUUUAGUUUAUGUAGCUGUAGAUGCAGAUCCUUAGAGAUCGGACAGGUUGCAGCAGGCAUGCGCAUGGACAAGUUAUUAUAUACAUAUACUACAUACAAACAGUUACAAACUAAACUAAACAAAGCGAUAAAACAGCAAAUGAAAACAGAACACAAAACUCAAAAAAGUACACCAAAUAUAUAAAAUAAGUCUUUAAGCAUAUUUAACGCAAGAAUAACAACCCUAACCCUAAAUCAUAAACCCUAAACCGAUUCCAGAACCCAUACCCACUUUAACCUAAGUAGAAAGCGAUCAAUCACAAAGCAUCACACGGAGAUCGAUAUUGAAAUAUUAUGAUAAUAAUAAUCACAAAACACACAAGAAAAACAAAACACACGUAGCAAAGUUUUGAGGUUUACAAAACCGUUACUCGUUCGUUAGUCGCACUCGUAAACUGUUACUGUUGUCGUGACUGCUACUGUGACUCUCGCUUCACAUUUCAUCCCCAUAAUGGAAUAUAACUAAAUUAUGAUCAACAUAUGAUUUUAAAUUUAAACACUACAAAAACAAACCGCGAAAUAAACAAGAAAGAGGGAACUCUUAAUCUUAAGUUUAAGUUGCUUUAAAUACUUUCACCUAAACUGUAUGUUAAUUAAUUAUGGCUUAAGUUUAACCAAACGCAGAAACAUCAAUGAAUUGAUGACUCACGAAAAGAAUUUGCAUGCCGCAUUCAAUGUACAUAUAUAUAGGAGCGACGUAUAAUUCUCGAUCCGCAUUCGGAUCUGUCGAAAUUAAUUAUGACUAUUUUAUUUUCUAAUCGAUAACUGAAAAACCAAUAACCGACAAAUGAGAGCAACGCAAAAUGAAACCAAGCAAGUAGUAGUUGGGAAAUUAAUUCCAAAAGCAAAAGUUACACGCAAGCAUGAAUUUUGUCUUUGAAAACUAUCCGAUAAGUACCGCGCGAAUAAUUGUUUUUGUUGAGAUGCAUUAUCAUUUUUAUUGUGUAAAGUAUAAAAAACAAACAAAUAUAUGCAAAAUAUAUGGAAUAUAUAAACAA